AAGUACUAUAAGAUGCAGCAUCUAAAGCUGUCCAAAAAUAAACUUCGCUCUCGAUGCAAGACAUGGCUUGUAAACUGCUUGCGGUGUUACUGUUUGUUGCUGUGAUCGGCCUGGUGGCUUCACGUCGGGAGGAGGCCGAAAAUAAAACAGCUUCUGAUAAUACAUUGGAUCCUCGAAGUGGCAUCUCGGAGGGCUUGCAGCUUCUCCGAGCCAGGAGGUCGGUGCUCGGCCUUUGCUAUUUCUGUUGCGGAUGUUGCAGGAAGAUGAAAGGUUGUGGGAUGUGCUGUCGAACGUAAGGUGUCCCUCGGAAACUUAAGUCAACCAUCUUGCAGUAUGU